AUGAAGUUGAAAUUUAGCCCUUACCAGAAGAAGGCAAGACCCAGACUACUAAAAAGAACAUUCGUGGGUGACCAUGAUUUUCCACAGUCGGAUAUCGGACUGGAAAAAUUCUGCUCACCUGAGAAAGAAACGACAUUUGUCAGCAACAACAUAGAAGGGACAGGAGCACUGUAUCCUUUGGAGGAAGGCAAUAGCAAGACAGACCAGCCUUCUCUUGGUGAUGAUUUAGCGGCCAAACAGUCGGGUACCUUAUUGGGAGGAAACACUGAGGAUGACAGUUGUGUUAUUAUUGGAUACUCCCCUGGGAGCGACAAGACAGACCAGUCUUCCCUUGGUGAUGAUUUCGCGGACAAACUGUCGGGUACCUUAGUGGGCGGAAACAAUGAUGAUGACAGUUGUGUUUUUAUUGGAUACUCCCCUAGGAGAGACAAGCCAUCAGAUCUACACAACAAAGAUAACGGGAAUAGCUCACGUAAGGACAAAGGUUGGAACCCUAAGCUCAUCUUCGAAUCUGAGAAGAAGGAGACUUCAUCAGUCAGUGAUGGCGAUGCAACAUCUGGUAUCGCAGACAAGAAGAAACCCUCAUGGUGGUCCCCGUGUGGUACUUUGGACUUCCUGUUCACACAUUCAGAGGUUGACGAGUCCAACAAAAAAUACCGGACGUGGUCAGAACUGGACACCUCAGAGGGCAAAGCUAGUUCAUUUCCUCCAAGAGAAAGCUAUAUACCCACUGAUCAGGCGUGGUGGUAUGCACAGAAUGUCAUCGCCACUGGUCGUGACAUAAUUUACAGACCUCUGGUGGAUGAAUGGAAGGAACGUAUGGAUGGAUGGUCACAGCUGAUGCGCUUGAUCAAUGAAUCAGAAACACGGAGACUGGUCCCUACAGAAGAAUAUCCAACUCAUGUGUGUGAGUGGUUGGCCCGGGUUGAUUUCAGACACGAGUGUGUGAGACAAAAGAUAGACUACACACGACACAGACCCAAACGUCUGCGUGAAAAACCAGGUUUCUGUGCCAGACACCGGCCUUAUGUGAGAAAAACUCGUAACCACAGAGAGGCUUUUGCAAAUGUAGGUCGCAUGGACCUCAACAGAGUGCAGUUUAUAGACAACUUCUAAUCUGAAUGUAUAUCGGAACACUUCCAAAGAUAUGGAGAUGGCAAAGUCUUACAAAAUGGGACAAGCAAUUAUGCAAUUACAUCAGUG